GUCAUUAUCGCUUCCUCGAGUUCUCCAGCUAAAGAAGAAUAGUCAAGAUGCUGAGCGUGAACAGUUCGAAAAGUUCCAGCCGAGCACGAGAACAUUUACUAAUGCAUGCCGCUGACACCGCCAGCACCGCGCACUAACACCCAGCUAUGGCCAACCCCACAGACAAACGCUUCCAUCAGCUGACACUAGCUAUCCAGAAAGCUAUUAACGCUAUCGAGACCCCGGUGAAGGAGAAACAUGUUCGGAGCACAAUCAUCGGGACGUUCCAAGAGCAGAGCGCUGUCACGUACUGGAUGGUGGCGAUCCGUCAGCCGCUGCAAGACAAUCGUAUCGUGGCAUGGAAGUUCUGCCACGUGACACACAAGCUACUGCGCGAGGGACACCCCGCAUGUCUAGAUGACUCGCAGCGACACACGGGCAUGAUUGAGAACCUCGGCAAGCUAUGGGUGCACUUGCGCGAGGGCUACGGGCGGCUGGUGCACCUGUACUGCGCGCUGCUGGUUAGCAAACUCAAGUUCCACCAGCGCAACCCGCGCUUCCCCGGCAACAUGCAGCUCACCGCUGACGAGCUCGACGCCAUCGCGGAGAACGAUGUCAAUAACUAUUUCCAACUGUGUGUGGAGUUAUUUGACUAUAUGGACGAUAUAUUAAAUCUUCAAGCAGCAGUAUUCGAGAGUUUGGGCAACGCGCGAGCUAACUCGAUGACGGCGAGUGGACAGUGCCGGCUGGCGGCGCUGAUCCCUUGCGCGCAGGACUCCUCCCACAUCUACGAUUGCAAUGUGCGUCUGCUGUUCCGUCUGCACGCCGCACUGCCUGCAGACACACUCGUCGGACACAGGGAGAGAUUCCGUCAGCAAUUCAAGAAGUUAAGUUCUUUCUACAAGCACGCGAGCAGCCUGCAGUAUUACAGGAAUCUUCUAACGCUGCCAGUCUUGCCAUCAAAUCCACCGAAUUUCCUGUUACAGAGUGAUUUUGGUACAUAUGUGACUCCUGUUGUAUCGAUACCUGAACCACCGCCAGAUGAAGUCGACUCUGUCGCCUCACUUAUAGACACAUCUGAUACAGUCAGUCAGGUUUCACAUUUUGAGCAAGCGGAAUCUUUCGACACUCGAACAACGCCAUCGCCACAACCAGACCCUAUAGUAGAGCGAGACAGACUUAUAGAUCAUUUGCAGAAUGAACUUAAGCGAAUGAGGAGUGAGGUAUCGCAGUUGGUACAAGAACGGAAUACAAUGUUGGGAUCAAUGCGGGAACAUUGUACGCGACUUGAGUCUCAGCUGCAGGCCACUAAGUCUGAACUGGAAGAGGAGAAACAAAGAGCGGAAGUUUUAUCCGCUGAGACACCAGAAAUCAAACAGAAAUUAUUGCAAACCGAAGAUAAAGCUAAAGUAAUAGAUGAAAAAUUCCAAAAAUUAAAAGGCGCCUACACUCAACUACGUGAAGAGCACAUUACAUUAAUCAGACAGAAAGCCGAAGUGGACAAGUUAUCAUCCAACUUGCGAUCGGCGGCCGCACAACACGAGAGCUCCAAAAUGUUGCUGCAACAACAACUUAACGACAGAAUGAAAGAUGUGGAACUUCUUCAACAAAGUGCAUCGUCGAGUGAAGAAAUAGAAGCAUAUAAAAAUGAAAUUUCCAAUCUUCGGUCUGAAUUAGAAAAUUCUAGACAGAAAGAAGUGGAGUUGGAAAGUUUGAAGGCGUCAAUGGAAACAUUAGAGAUUGAACACAAAACAGCCAUGACUGAACAAAAAGAGAAAGUUAUAUUAGUUACGAAUGAAUUGAAAGAAGUGAAUGAAAAUCUAGAAAAAGUACAGAAGGAGAAAGAAGAGAAAGAGGCAGAACUAAAUAGAGCAAAGGAAGAACUUAAUGCUGUGAAAGUGGAAAGCGGAGCAGAUGUCAAGAGAAUAUUAGAAGAAAAAGAAGCAGCGCUACAAGAAGUCGCCGAGUUAAAGAAACAGUACCAACAGGAGAAAGAGAAUUUAAAUAAUGAAUAUGAAAAUGUUAAAACGGAUUAUGACGAAAUGUAUCGAAAACAAAGCGCGGAGGUCCUAAGUCUCCAGCAAAAAGUAGACGAACUUGUAGAAGGAAAAAAAUCCGCUGAAAUUAGCGCUGAUCUACUGGAGUCAGAUGUAAAUGACCUAAAAAAUAAGCUUCAAGAAAUGACAGAAAUUAAAGUUGUCAUUGAAAAGGCUUUAGAAGAUAAAGAAAGAAACAUUUCUAGUCUAGAGAAUAAAAUAAAGGAAAUUGAGCACGAAAAUAUUAUUGAAAUUGAAAAAUUAAAGAAAUUACUCGAAGAAAAAGAUGAAUUCUGUCAAACAAAGACAGCUGAAAAUGAAACACUAUCAAACAAAAUAUCUGAAUUAGAAACCAUGUUAUCUAGUAAAGAUGAAAAUAUUACAGAGUUAAUUAAAAAACUUAACAAAGAGUUAGGUGUUACAGAUGACGUUUUUAAUAAUUUUAAAGAAUUAUUGACAGACAAAGAUCAGCAAAUACUUGCCCUUAAUACAGAAGUGACUAAAUUAACAGAUCAACUAUCACGUCUCGAAGAAGAAUUGAAAGAAACAAAUGCAGAGUUAGAAAUAGGGAACAAUGAGUUGAUAGUUUUGAAGGAUGACUUCGAAAACAUGAAAGUUCAGCAUGAGUUUGAAUUAUCUAUUAAAAAUAAGGAGUUGCAAAGGCUUGAAAAAGAAACUUCUAAAGUAUCUGCGGAAAAAGGAGGUAUCGAAAUAGAAAAGAACAAAAUUAUUAAUGAAUUGUCUGUUGAAAAGGAGGUUUUAGAGAAUAAUGUGCAAGAAAUUAAAGAAACAAUGCUUAAAUUAAACAAUGAUAUUGACAUUAUAAGGAAUGAAAAAGCUGAAAUGGAGAAUAACUUAAAUUGUAAAAUAAAUGAAUUGAAUUGUAUAAUAGACGAUACAACUGCAAAACUAAAAGAAUACGAACAUGAUGUGAUCAAUUAUCGUAAAGUAGUACACGACAAAGAAAUCACCUUAGAUUUAGUGAUGAAGGAGAGGGAUGAUUUGCGAACAAAAUUAGAUGAAAUGGAACAAAUAAAAAUUAAUGAAAAAGACGAAAUGGACUUAGUUUUGUCAGAAAAAAUAAAAGAUAAUCAGAUGAUAUGUGCGCGGUUAGAGCACACGGAGACUGAGAGACUGAAUGCGGAGUGUGAAUUGCAGGAUUUGCUGCAACACAAUACAGUUUUAGAAGCGGACGUGGCUUCAUUGAAAGCACAACUUGAGGAGGCGCAGUCGGAAAUUAAACAACAGAGAAGUCGAGUAUUGUCGUGUGCGGGCGAGGCGGCACUGGCGGUGACUUGCGGCGCGCUGGACGCGUACGAGCACGGCAGCGCGCGCGACACUUAUCGCCUUGCAGCGGAACUUGCCGCCAACGCACUUAACGAACUUGCGACACAAAAAGAAAUUAGCGGAAAUGAAGAAACUUUGGCUAAAUCAGCUGUAUACGCAGCGCACAACACGGCGCAGCUCUCUGCGUACAUCAUGGAAGUAUGCAACGUGUCCACAGAUAUGGAGCUCUCCGAUAAGUUGAGCAACGAGUGUCGUUCGAUGCUGAGCGCGACGAAGACUUGCCUGCAGUCAGUGGCGGCGGGCAGGCUGGAGGUGACGCAGUGCGCGGAGGCGCUGGGCGGCGUGCGGCGCGCGGCGGAGAGCGCGGCCCGCGCGGACGCAGCGCCCGCACCCGGCAGCGUCGACGACGAGCUCGCCACUAUGGACACCGCCAUCGAACACGCCGCAGCACAAAUUGAGGAAAUGCUCGCCGCGAGCCGCGCCGGCGACUCGGGAGUGAAGCUCGAGGUGAACGAGAAGAUCCUGGACGCGUGCACGACGCUGAUGGGCGCGGUGAAGGUGCUGGUGCAGGACGCGCGUCGGCUGCAGCAAGAGCUCGGUGACACCAGCACGAGACAGAAGAUGUACCGCCGAAACCCGCAGUGGUCGGAGGGACUCAUCUCGGCCGCUAAGGCGGUCGUAUUCGCUGCUAAACUACUCGUGUCGUCAGCGGACGAGACGGUGAACGGCAAGGGUCGCGUGGAGGGCGUGUCGGCUGCGGCGCACUCAGUGGCGGGCAGCACGGCGCAGCUGGUGGCGGCGUCACGCGCCCGCGCCCCGCCCGCAGCGCCCUCUCUCGCCAGACUCACCGCCGCCUCCAGACAGGUCGCCACCGCCGCCGGCGCAGUGCUCGCCGCCGCACGACACGCCGCGGACCUCGCCAGAGACACCGAGGCACUUGACACAUCAGCAUUGACUCUGACGGCGACACGAAUUCUAGAAAUGGAGAGCAAAGUCCGAGCUUUGGAAUUGGAGACUGCGUUAGACAAGGAGCGCGCGCGACUCGCAGAGCUCAGGAAACGACACUACCAUUUGGCGCAACUUGAAGAGAACGGCAACAUGACGAAUGGUAAAGAGUAAUAAUUUUGUAAAGAGCCAACAUUGACAUGUAAAAAUAAAACAGUAAAUAAAUAAAGACAAAAUGUUUGAUGUUCACUAAACUGUGUACUUUUAUGAUUCCAUUUUUUUUCUGCAUUUAUUUUAUAUGCAAUGUAAUACAACGAAUUGAUAUAAAUCGUAGAAAAUAGCGUGUGAAAAAAUGAGAAAAUAUUUGGAAACUGCCGCCCAUAAAUUGCAUUUUUCUAAUAACUAUAAUAACGUAAAACGAUUUGGGAUCUAUUUGUUUUUCAACAUUUAAAUAAAA